UCCCAGCACCACGCGACAGUCAGUCCGAAGCGAUCAGUUCCAUCGGAAGGUCCGGAUAGAUCCCUCGCACCCACCGGACUGCUUUCGUCGACCGAAUACUUUUCCCAUCCCUGGACCUUGGCGCUUCAAGUUCUCCCACGGUUCGGCAUCGAUCUUCGAGUACCAGCAAUUCGCAAAGUUUCAGUUGAAAAAUGCCGGAGCAAGUAGCCAAAACGAAGCGUGCGACUUUCGGCAUGGGCUGUUUCUGGGCAGGUGAUUCUUUAUUCGGAGCGACUCCCGGCGUUGUGACGACUUGCGUCGGCUACGCCGGCGGCAAUAAACCAUCGCCAACAUACAGAAAUAUCGGAGACCAUACCGAGGUCAUCGACAUCGAGUAUGACCCUGCAAUAGUAUCGUUCACCGAGUUGCUGAGUCUGUUCUGGAAUAACCAUGAAUACGGUCUCACGACUAAGAUCAAGACGCAGUACGGUUCGUUGAUUCUGUAUCACGACGAUGAACAGAAAACAAUCGCUGAAAAAUCACGAGCUCACGAGCAACACGAACGAGGCGAACCGUUGACGACGGCGAUCAAAGAGUUCGAGAGAUUCUAUCCGGCUGAAGAUUACCAUCAAAAGUAUCGUCUUCAAGGUCACCCUUGGUUGGUCGAAACGAUUGGCCUGACAAGCGGCGAAGCUUUACGGACCUCGCCACUGGCGAGCAAACUCAACGGUUAUAUAGCGGGUGCGGGUUCGAUCGAGCAGUUUGAAAAGGACGUAGCGAAUUUUAAUCUCAGUGAGAAAGCCAUACAGUAUUUGAGAAAGUGCGUUGUCGAGAACCAAGGAGCAGGACUUUACUGCUAGCUCCCUAACCAACCGCAUCGAGUAUAAAAAGCCAUAUCGGACGAAAGAGGAGGAGCUGUUCGAACGAGGAGAGACAAAAGAGAGAACGUAAACAUCGAUAAACACCGCAAAGUAUUUUCUUUAUUAUUCACGAACACACAUUAUUCCUUAUUGAAUCGAGUUUGGAAUUCACAAAAUGAAUAAAUCAUCUCAAAUACUUGUUGGUUGAAUUAUUAGAAAAAAGAAUUUAACCGAUACGUUCGACCACAGAGACCGCGAUUAAUUGGCAGGGUUCAAGUACGUCACAGCACACACGCGUUUGGUGUUUGUUUGAUCACAGAAAUGAGUAACUCUACCGAGUCUCUUGAUAUCUAUAUAUAUAGUCAAUUCGUGUAAACGAAGAUUCCAGGCAUCACACGAGUUUCAGAAUAAAUUAAUGAGUUUCCUAUUCAACUUGGAACACUUGGCGGAAAAGAAUUCUCAAUUAAACUAUAUUCAAGAAUGAUCAUAUCUUUCGACUAUUCUACACUCAAUAUCAAAACUAAACGAAAUUGAAUACCACCGAACAUAUAUCGUGCGUAUACGAAGAACAAAAUCGCCCAAUUUGCUCGAGUUUUAAUGCGACGCACGUUUUACCUUGACAGUUUGAACAUUUUCUUUUCCGUUCAAAAGAACAAUAACUCCAGUACCUCGAACAUUAGAGUGUACAAAAAUUUUUUACUCAAGACGUUGGAACGACAAUGCUGCGAUUGAUGUCUAGUUGCGAGGGCACGAAAUAAAUCACUUGUUUCUUGAUGUGUUGUAAAAAAAACGAACAAAGGAAAUGGUUGAAGCUUCAAAAUUAACUUCCUUCAACGGUUCGACUGGCCUGGAAAGCCCUAUGCAUUAAUAUACACAAAUUAGCACACAUAUGUAUUCACGAAGCCGUACACGUGCCUUAGCUUGAAACACACUGCUCGAUUACGAUCGCACUUUGACAAAACUGGGCAAUUAUUAAUUGACCCCGCAAUGAAUUCUCUCGAUUAGAGAAGUAUUUAGAGAUAGACGUUACAGAGAUGGACGAAAACUCAAUUUCUCGGUAUAUUCGUGUAGCCUGUAAAAUUACCUCUUCUUAUAGUGUAACAUGAAUUUUGUUUGUCAGUAUAACAUUGUUUCUGAAAAUAAAUGAUGUGUAUUCAA